GAGCCCUUCAACUCCGGAUCUGGUUCUGCGCAUUCCAAGCUCAGAAGAAACUACAGAGCCUGUCUUAAUUGUAGAGUCCGUAAGGUCAAAUGUGACUUAGGUCCCGUAGACAACCCGCGAGAAGGCAAAUGUGCUCGGUGUUUACGAGAAAGAAAGGAUUGUGUUUUUGUAGAGCUGAAGCGAGGAGGAACUGCCAACGUAGUUAGUGGGAGAAAGAGAAGGAAAAGAAGCGAGAGCAAUGUAUUGGCCAGAGGUGUAUCUGGUUCUCCGGAAGGAAACUAUACACUUUCCGAACAGUCCUCUCGGUCAAGUAGCAAUAACUUAUACAACCAACGAAGCCAGUAUCCGAUUCUCAAUCAGGAGUUCAAUAAUCAAAUGCCCCAGAUGCCAAAAUUGCCUCUGGUAAACAGCAUUUUGAAUUCCAGAAGUUCUGGAACGAGUUUAGCUCAACCACAGGUCAGUGUAAAUGAGAAGUCGCUGGUAACUCCUCAGCCUGAAGCCACAGAGAGCCAGAACAACGACAGUAAGAAUAACGGGCCCAGUAACCAUUUCUCGACUAUGGAAGGUGCAUUAGUGUUUUUGGCGAAAGCUGCGGGAACGAUAGCUAAAGCUGAUGAAAGGGAUAAUAUCGAUGGCAGAGCGAAACAAGAACAGAUCGAAGCUAGGAUUAGCCACAGCAACAGCCAUAGCCAAACUCCGACUGAAAUUAUGGACCGAAAUCAGGCUUCAAGUAUGCCGGGCUCUCGAUCUGAUCCUGGGAGCAAUAUGGCCAGUAUUCUCAAUAGCGGCACUUCCUCUUCUGUGGAACAACCGUCUGUAAGUUCUGAAACUAGAAAGUCUUCUUCCACUGUUCCAGCAUAUAUCAAGCCUACGACUGAAGCUGGGAAGCGAAUGACCAUGCCAGCAGCUGAAAAUGGCUAUUCAGUACGGCCGCGUGCUUCUAACAAACUAUCCAGCAUUGAGUAUAUAGGAGGACCCAAUGGUAUCUUAAGUGAGGAUGAGGCUGAAAGGUUGAUCCACUUGUUUUUCACAGUUAUGCAUCCGUACUUUCCACAUUUACCAAAGUUUUUACAUUCUCCCAAGAUCCUUUCUGGGUAUCCCAUUUUACUAUGUGCCAUUCUUACCAUUGCUUCCAGGUACCAUACGUUUGAGAAUAACGUUGGUACAACCGGUGGUGUUCCACGGAACAUUGAAGUUCACGACCGAUUGUGGCUCUAUGUUCAGCGUUUGAUUUCUCAGACGGUUUGGGCUGAAGCCAGUACUCGGUCCAUAGGUACUAUUUUUGCGUUCUUGCUCUUCACUGAAUGGAAUCCCAGAGCCAUUCAUUGGAGAUGGUCUGACUACGCCAACAAAGCGGAAGAAAAUAACGAUACAGAUAGUGGGCUUAGCGGAUUUUCUGCUGAAACUGGUGGUGCCAAUAUUGCUAGUAAAAACGAUGAACCGAAUAUGGCUGGGUUAGGUGCCAUGCGUAGGAGUUAUAGAAUGGCGUGGAUGUUGAUUGGAUCCUCAGUAAGAUUGGCUCAGGACAUGGGAUUUAUGGAAAUCAGUCCCAAGACGUUCAUUGCAACUCACGUAGCGGAAAUUAACUCGGUAAUGAAUAUCAGUAGAAGUUCCAUGUUGGCUCAUUCCUUGGCUGAAGUAGACUUGGAUGAAGAUGAAAUAUCUGAAGAAGACAUGGAGCAAGACGAGGAUGACGAUGAUAAGAUAUUGAAGAUGAGCGAAGAGGAUCUUAAGAGACUUUCUAGCGAGCACGUUCUCAAAUUCACUUUAUCACAGAAGGCACAAAUCGAGUUGUUGCAAAUCAUUUCUUUGGGGCACGAGUCACUUUACGGAUACAAGGCUCAAUUGGGCAAUAUGAACCAAAGACAAAACUUAUCGAUCUUGAAUAUCAUUAGUCCUAUGAUCAACAACUGGGGCAGAAAGUACAAACAGUUUCUUGUUGCGUCCAAUAAGCUCUUAAGAAUAACCAACAUCCAACAGCAUUGGUACAACCCUUCGUCAAAGAUAGCAAAGGAAAUUUCUGAAGCGAUAGAACGAGAGUCUUUGAUUUUUGAGUUCAAUUAUGUAAAGUUGUACAUCUAUUCCUUAGCAUUAAGUCCUUCACCACGGGCCAAAUAUGAGCAGCGCAGAAACAGAAAGGGUAAGGCAACUUUGAAACUAGAUGAAAUAUCGAAAUCAGCUAAGUACAUCGAACAGGCUUUCAAAUCUGCCAAUGAGAUGUUAUUGGUAGCUCACCGUGUUCACAAGUUGAAAAUGUUGAGAUUUAUGCCCGUUAGAUGGUUAACAAGAAUGGUUCGAGCUGUCGCUUUCAUUGUUAAGUGCUAUUUGACCAUUACUGCUCACAAGAAUUCAGCGAAUGGAGGCAGUUCAUCAGUAGCAAACUCUGCAGACAACUUUGAUUCUACGAUCUUAUCGCUAUCGUUGAUUUCUAUCGAGGAUAUCAUUCAAAGCAUUCAGAGAGCUGCAAUAACCUUGCGAGACUGUUCACCCGACGAAUUGCAUUUGUGUACAAGAUACUCCAAUGUCUUAAUGUAUUUGUGUUCGGAAAUGAAAGCAAAG